GCGCCUUCAGCAGCAUGUGCUUAUUUAACAAUGAGGAAGCAGCAGAACUUUAAAGUAGCCUACUUUAAUUCAACGCAAAUUAAACAACAGUGCAGUACUGUCAUGGCGUCUCUUUUCUUUUUAAAAGCCUACACUACUUUCCAUUUCUUGUUGUUUUUAUAACCUCCACAGCAGACAGUCCCCUCGUCAGUCAGUAACUUGUUCUCAAAGUAAAGACGCCUCCUCCCACCCACACAGGUUUUUUGAAGCGCUGUCUAAUGUUCACAGGCAGACAGCAGAGACAGGAUGAGACUGAGAAGAGGAAGACCACCUCACACAUAACGAAAUGGAAAUGUGGCUGAAACGGACGACUCUGGUGUUGCUGGCAGUGGCAGCUCUGGUGGUAUCAGGUAAAGAUGUGAUUAUUCAAACACAAAGGAGAGCGGAAGUUCCUGCUGGUUCCUCUGUGACUUUCCUCUGUCCUGUGACUUCCCCCUGCCAUGGGACACUCAAAAGAUGUCGUCUGGAAUGGUUCUUGAAUCCCUCUGGACCUUCAUGGGAUGGCGCACACAAAUUAUCAAACGACAUCUCCAACAAUUCUGAAAAGUCCUCCACCAAGGUGUCCAACAAAACAAAGCAGGACGUUGAAAAACAAAUAUAUACUCUGAUAAAUGCAACAAAAAAUGACACCGGAUGGUACUUUUGCAAACUCACCAUUGAGAUUCCCGUUUUGAACAUUAUCAAAAGCAACGGAACAGAAUUAGUUAUUACGGAGAGCAAGGAACUCACAACAUAUCCGUCACUGCCCAAACUGACGGGUAAACAAGCCACCGUGUCCCCCAUAGAGAGCCUCCCUCUCCUCGACCUGUGGAUGUGGAUCUCUUUGGGGGUUUCUACUUUCAUCCUGAUCGUCCUGCUGGUCGUGUGUUUGUUGCUGAGGAGAAGACAUCGCAGAAGCAGAGCAGAAGAUCCAAUCUAUGCAAACACUCGUCCUGUGGCCAACAAGCAGCCGUCCCCUCGGCCCGGGGUCCCGGUGGACACCCUGAAGAAGGCUUCCUCUUCUCAAAACCUCAGAAACCCGAGUCAAGCCCGGAAGUGCCACGAGGACAAACGGAGAUGCAAACUGUGAGGAAGCCAUGGGCCUUAAUUAAUCAAAUCAACUCUCAUAUUUAGUCAUAUAGCUGUAUUUACUGGAGUUAUCUUUAUAUUUUACAUUGUAUUUUACAGGUGCAGGCUUUUCCUUUAAACAUGACAUUUGUAUGUACAUUUGUUUCAUCUCCUGAUAAUAUUAGGUUUUUGUUAACAGCAGCCAUUGUAUAUUCUAUAAGCAAAAAGUUUCAAAUUACUUUUUAAAGUAUAAAUUGUGGAGACGUGAGUGACAUGUUAAGGUUUUUUUUUAAGCGACGCUUCUUAUUAUUAAAGUUUAUUUUAAAAUAUUAAAAUAUUGAAGGGUAGUUUAUAGUACAGUUUUUUAACCUUGAUAUUUUAUAAAAUGUAAUUUUGCAUUUCAACGUGGGAUCAAUACAAAUAUAUAUAUAUGUAAAAUCUGAGAAACAUUAAUACUGUUUUGCAGUAACUGAUAGUAUUGUAUUUUAUUGUAUUUCCUCUCAGGUAUUUUUCUUGUAUAUAUGUUAAAGAAAUGGCUAUUAUGAGCCACUAGAUGGCAGAAGAUGCUGUUAACCCUGUAAAGCCCAAAUAUAGAAAAACAUUAUAAUUAUUAUUUUUUUGAUCCUUCAGAUGUUGUUGUAGGGAGCCUAUAUGGAGCAGAAAUUAAAGAGUUUUCACAUUUUUUACGUUUUGGUAAGUUUUUAGGGAAAUGUUGUAAUAUUGCAACGUUGGGCUUAGGUCGGAGCAGAAUUCCUGUAUUUAUACUCAC